AUGGAUGAAAAACAAUGGGCACAAAUGAGGUUCCCUGAGGCAGAAGCUUUAAUUUUGUAUUUCACUGCAAGCAGAUAUUGUAUUCCAACUUUUGUCCACACAAUGAAGAAACUGAAGGUUCUUAUAGUCCAUAAUUACAGUGCACGAAGAGCCACACUCAGUCGACUGGAUGUUUUUAAUGCACUUUCUCAGCUUAAAACACUUCAACUUGAAAAGUUGACAGUGUCUCCUCUGUAUGACUACUUCAGUUUUCUGGAGAGUCUGCAGAAGCUAUCUCUGAGUUUAUGCGAGGGCCUUGGUGACAUGAGUGAAUUAGGUAGGGAUGAAUUUUUCAAUUUUCCGAGGCUUUCAGAAAUCAAUGUAGAUCACUGCAGUGAUUUGGAGAAGUUGCCAAAAGGUUUAUGUUUUUCGAAUUCCAUGAAAAAAAUUUCAGUGACAAACUGCCACGGGCUUGCAAAGUUCCCUGAUGAGUUGGGGAAUCUUGGCAUGCUCGAGGUGCUAAGAUUGUGUGCAUGUGCAGAUUUGACAGAACUGCCAGCUUCUGUCCGUAGUCUCCGAAAACUAGAAUUUCUUGACAUCUCACUGUGCGGGCGUUUGGAGCGGUUUCCAGAAGGAUUUCAUGAGCUAUCAAGUUUGAAGAAGCUGGACAUGAGGGAGUGCUGUAGAUUGAAACCGGUUUCCAAAACACUAGGCAAACUCCCAUCUCUAAAACAUGUGAUUUGCGAUAAGAAGAACGAGCACCAGUUGAUAUGUGAAGCCAACUCCACGAGUAACUUCACUGUUGAAGCUGUUGAACAGGCAUUCAGUUUGGAUUGGCUUUACUGUUGA